AUGGCUCCUGAAGGCUACAAACCCGUCUUCGCCUUCAGCUUCUGCCUGCCUGCAGGGAUUUUCUUCCAGCUUGCCACCUACAUUUUCGACAUGGGGAAUGACGCCGUGCAAAUCGCCACAUUCAUCCUUCAUCGAGACUUCUGGUUCGCAGGCUUCAUGGGCGUCUUCGUGGUCCUCAGCUUUUUGGCCACGGUCGUGGGGAUGCAUGAGUACAGCAAGCUGAAGCGCUUCGACCCCCUGACCGAGGCCCGGCUCUCCUUGGCCCGGGGAGUGACGACCGAGGCUUGGGAGGGGAUGCUGGCUGCGGAACGGGUCAUCGAAGCGCCGAGCACCGGGCUCAUCGGCCCGUACGGCGCCUCCCUGCUUCAGCUCACGCCGCUGCAGGCGGCCAGCUGCCUCUAUGGGCUCUACUCGUCAGCAAAAGCGAUGGCCGAGGGCCGGCUGGACUUGGAGGUAAACACUGGCGCGGAGGCAGGUGCAGCGGCCUUGAGGGCCGUCAGACCUGUGAAGGCGGCCAUGCUCACCGCCUGGUACUUCGGCGCCUUUGCUGCAGAGCUGGCCGCCUUCGCCGUGGCGAGUGCCACCCUCCACCCGGUCCUCACCUUGCCGGGGUACCUCCUCGGUGCAGUGGCGAAUGGCGCAGCCGCGUGGUGGUCUGGAGCUUCGCAGAUUCUGGGCGUUGCUGUCUACUCUUGCCUCGGGGUUGGCUAUGCCAUGGCAGGCUUGCAGACCAAAAGCUUCCUCAAGAAUAGCGAGGCAACAGGAGCUGGAGGAGGAGGCCCCGGCUCCAUCCCAGCGCUUUGGAUUCUGAUGCGCUUCAUCUCCUGGACCGCCCUCUGCCUAUUGGACCUCCCCCAGGGCCUUCUUCCCCUGGGCUCGCUAGGACGGCCUAUGGGCCUCCCGGUGCUCCGGGAAAAAUUCCUGGAGCCGGCUGUGGCUUCUUGGGAAGCUGUAGUGUGUUUCACCUCUAAUUUCUGGAUUUCUGUCGAACCGGAGACCAAUGCGACCUCCAUGUCUUUGACCGAAGAGGUGGGGUUUGGCGACUGCGGCUGGCCGACAAGCGGCCAGCUGAGUAGUGCAUCAACAAUCUUUAACACCUGUUUGUUCUCCUUGGCUGCACUUCUAGUACCAAUCCACAUGUGCAUUGUGGUGGGAAUGUUGCUUUUCAAUCCGAUUUACGCCCGUGCAGCCGAGAACCUUGAGCUCAAGGAGGAGGUUGAGGCCAAGCAGCGCGAAAUCAACGAUUUCGCGGAGCGGAACGAGCAAGCUGCGGGACAGCACGAGCAGCUGAGCCUGCUUCCGAAUUAG